AUGCCCGCAGUUACAGUUUGGGUGUAAAAUACAAAGGCGCUGAACAGAAUGAAGAUCACUUUCGUUUUCAUGGCGAUGAUUACGGCCUUUGCUGCAGGACAAAAAUGCGGUAGACGCAGCAACUUACCGCAGCGUAGUGCAUUUGAUCAAGAUUACAACUACAUCGUUGGUGGUCAGGAAGCAAUUCCACACGAGUUCCCUUGGCAAGUUUCGUUUCAGAUCCUCGACAAUAAAAGCUGGUGGCAACCUAACAAAUGGACGCACAAUUGUGGUGGGUCUAUUAUUGACGACCGAUGGAUCCUGACCGCAGCUCAUUGCUACACCUCCGAUGGGCUUUACCGCAUCAUAGUCGGUGCCCAUAACCUGACAAAGAGAGAACCCACCAUCCAAAUUUUCAGGAUUGAGAAAGCUGUCCACCAUCCGGGAUGGGACAAGCACCUUAUGAAGGAUGACAUUAUGCUUAUAAAGGUCGACAGAAGCAUCACCUUGGACGGUGACACUGCAGCUCCCAUUUGCUUGCCCACCAGUGCAGAUGAAAACGCUUUCAAAAAUUCUAUCUGUGUAUCGACAGGCUGGGGCAGAAUAAGCCCCCGAGGUAGCCUCUCUGAUGUGCUUCUCAAGGCCGACCAGCCGAUCGUAAGCAACGCGAUCUGUGAAAUGCAACACCGUAACAUACACAGAGUCCGUAUCACCGAUUCAAAAAUCUGCGCUGGCUACGUGGAAUCCCCUGGGCCAGGAACGUGCUAUGGUGAUUCUGGUGGCCCCCUUGCUUGCCUCAGCAACGGCGAAUAUAAGCUUGUCGGUGUCACCAGCUUUGGCGUUCUCUGCGGCUCCAUUAAUCAUCCAGCGGUUUUUACGCUGGUGUCACACUACGUACCCUGGAUCAAUAACGUCCGUGCCAAGUAUUAAAAAUCAAUAUUAAAUAAAUAACUUCUAUAUUGAACAAAUUUCUGUA